CCAUGCAAUUUACUUAAUCAGAUAAAGAUUGUUAAUCAGAGCUUCCUUCUAGCUUCAAAGAUGCUAACUUUAGAAAGAGAAAACCCAUUGAUUCAGAUACUAAAACUAAUUUAAUACUUAGUGUAGUCAAAGAUCAUUUGCCCAUAUAUUAAGUAUUAAAGUUUCUAUAUAUUUUGAGGCAGCUAUCAUUCAUAAAGUUAAAUAUUCAUCAGCUAAACACAUAUUGAGAAAUUACUACAGUGAUACUGCUAAUUACUUUUCUCUUCAAAAAAAGAGAAGAAGAAAGAUAAUCUGUUGUGGUGUCUCCGCUUUAAUUGACAUUAGCAGUGGAAAUAUAGUUUUAACAUCUUAAUAGUGUUAAACGAUUGCUUAUAUAAAAAAUGGAGUAAAUGCCCAAAUCAAAUAAAAAGUUAUUGAUCAUUUGAGUGUCUCAAUUCAUAAAUAAAUAUGUAACUUAAAUUUCAAGAGGUUAAAUAAGAAAGUUAGAAUCGACCCAAUAAAACAGUUGAAUAAAAUAGAAAAAAUUGAAAACAAAGUUAAUUUUCUCAUUUAAACACUAGAAAAAUAACAUAAAGAAAUGACAUAAUGAU